AUGGGACUGAACAAUAAACAUCUCCAUGGCUGGGUCUCAUUGCACCACCUUCUGCUGGUCACCCUGCUUGGUGAGUAUGAGUUAUUAUUACUAUUAUUAUUAUUAUUGUAUCAGAUAUAAUGGGGAGGUGAGUGUGAGAUAUUAUUAUAUCAGAUAUAAUGGGGGGGGUUAUUAUAUCAGAUAUAAUGGGGGGUGAGUGGAGAUUAUUAUAUCAGAUAUAAUGGGGUGAGUGUGAGAUAUUAUUAUAUCAUAUAAAAUGAGUGUAGAUAUUAUUAUCAGAUAUAAUGGGGGUGAGUGUGAGAUAAUAUUAUAUCAGAUAUAAUGGGGGUGAGGUGGAGAUAUUAUUAUAUCAGAUAUAAUGGGGUGAGUGUGAGAUAUUAUUAUAUCAGAUAUAUAAUGGGGUGAGUGUGAGAUUAUAUCAGAUAUAAUGAUAUAAUGGGGUGAGUGUGAGAUAUUGUAUAUCAGAUAUAAUGGGGUGAGUGUGAAUAUUAUAUCAGAUAUAAUGGGGGUGAGUGUGAGAUAUUAUUAUAUCAGAUAUAUGGGAGUGUGAGAUAUUAUUAUAUCAGAUAUAAUGGGGUGAGUGAGAUAUUAUUAUAUCAGAUAUAAUGGGGUGUGAGUGUGAGAUAUUAUUAUAUCAGAUAUAAUGGGGGUGAGUGAGAUAUUAUUAUAUCAGAUAUAAUGGGGGUGAGUGUGAGAUAUUAUUAUUAUAUCAGAUAUAAUGGGGUGAGUGUGAGAUAUUAUUAUAUCAGAUAUAAUGGGGGGGGGGUGAGUGUGAGAUAUUAUUAUAUCAGAUAUAAUGGGGGGGGGGUGAGUGUGAGAUAUUAUUAUAUCAGAUAUAAUGGGGGGGGUGAGUGUGAGAUAUUGUAUCAGAUAUAAUGGGGGUGAGUGCGAGAUAGUAUUGUAUCACAUGUGGUGUUGCUGGAUUAUUUCCCCCUUUUCUACAGCUGCUAUUGUUUUAUUAAAACAUUUCUCUGUUUCUGUUUUAUAAUAAUUUUGGCUGUUUAGGCAGUCAGAUUUUAAAUACGCAUUUUAAUACAAUACCACAUUUGGAUAACUUUGUGUGUGUUUUUAUAUGUUCUGCUGUUUUGUUGUUAUAUGUUAACUUUUAGCUUUAAAUUUUCCCAUUUGUAAAACAAAAAAUGGUUUAUGCUGUAACUUAGUGACUGAAACAAAGGAAUUCAUUGUUUUAAAUAUUGAAUUAUUUGUGGAAAUUUACCUUUGUUUACAGUUGUCAUUUAAUGAAUGGCCCUUAUGUUUUGGUUGUUGGCAAACAGCAUUCUUGAAUAUGCAAUAACUGCAUAUUGUGUUUUUGUUUAUCCUCUAAAAUAUACCCUAAAUAUAGAGGUGAUUGAACUGAGCUCCUUUCAUUUGAGGUGUCUUUUUAGUUAGCUGUAAAAUUAGAACAGUGUCGGAUAAUUAAGAAAAAAAGUGUGUGUUUUUUAAAUAUAUUAAAUUAAUAUCACAGUGCUGCAUGACUAUUGUACACUGAAAAUAUUGAUCCUCUUGAGUAACAGUACUCUGACAGGGGUUAUUUACUGUUAACUAAACCUGGAAUUGUCAGAAAUUUCCCACUAAAAAUAUCACGCCAAAAUAGUUGCAUAAGAAAAAAAUAAUGCUAAUGGUCUUUUACAGUUGAGCGCUUUUUUUUUUUUUUGGUAUAAAGUUUGCAAUUCCCUUGUCUAUUCAUGACAGUUCCCAGUUUAACUAUAAGGGGUGUUGAAUAAACUCGAUGGCUAAUUGAGAUGGGAUCAAAACUUUUAAAGGAACACUAUAGUGUUAGGAAUGCAAGCCUGUAUUCCUAACACUAUAGACCUACAGUAGCUGUUUAGGUCCCCAGCCCCUCUCAGAUUGCAGUGAAAAGGGGCUUUAACUUACCUUUCCUCACCACCUCCAUGGCUGCGAUCAUCAGUCUUGAUAAUUGGAACCAAUUCAAUGCUUUCCCAUAGUAAUGUUUAAAAAGGCUUUUGCGUGUGCAUUGCAAACCGCAGAGUUGCGCCAAUCAGCAUCUCCUUACAGAGAUGCAUUGAAUUAAUGCAUAUCUAUGGGGAGAGUUCAAUGUCUUCAUGGACUGUAUGCAGACACAGAACCUGCCACUAGAGGUGUUACUAGGCAGCAGUAUAAACACUACCUUUUCUCUGAAAAGGCAGUGUUUACAUUGAAAAGCCUGCAGGGACAGACCAUAGACAACAGAACUACAUUAAAGGAGCACUAUAGGGUCAGGAACACAAACAUGUAUUCCUGACCCUAUAGGCUUAAAGCCAUCAUGCCUCUCUAAAUAUAGUAAAAUCUUACUUGUAUUCAAGUCUGGAGCUGCUUGCUUUGUCCCUGUUUCCUUUAGACCUGCCCAUCAGCAGAAAUGGUAGCCUGAUCCAAUCACAAUGCUUCCUCAUAGGAUUGGCUGAGACUGACAAAGAGGCAGAUCAGGGGCAGAGCCAGCACAAUUCAAACACAGCCCUGGCAUCUCCUCAUAGAGAUGAAUUGAAUCAAUGAAUCUCUAUGAGGAAAGUUCAGUGUCUGCAUGCAGAGGGAGGAGACACGGAAUGUUUGGAUACAUUUUAGGCAGCCAUGACCCAGGAAGGAUCUCUAACAGCCAUCUGAGGAGUGGUCAGUGAAGUUAUCACUAGGCUGUAAUGUAAACACUGUAUUUUCUCUGAAAAGACAGUGUUUACAGCAAAAAGUCUGAAGGUAAUGAUUCUACUAACCAGAACAAAUUCAAUAAGCUGUAGUUGUUCUGGUGACUAUAGUGUCCCUUUAAGCUGUAGUCCCUUUUAAAUAGAUCCUAUAGUGCUAGGAAUACAAAGUUAUAUUCCUAGCACUAUAGCUCCCUCUGACUCCCCUUCUCUCCCCCCACUGUAAGCGUUAAAAAUUCCUUGCUGUACUUACCCGGUUCCAGUGCCAAUCUCCAUCAGAGAGCCCCGACUCUCGGUCACCCAUACUAAUGCGCAUGUGUGGUGAGUACUGCAAGCACGUUAGUAUUGCUGCAAUACUUUCCUAUAGGGUUUUUACUGAUGCUGGAUGUCCAGUGUCAGGGGAAAAAAGCCGUAUAGCAAGUAGGAAUUGCCUCUAGUGGCUGUCUGCCACUUGAGGCAGUCUUAAUCAAGCAGAAACCGCAAUAAUUACAAUUGCAGGUUUAAGAGGACAGGGAAAUUGCACCUAGACCACUUAAAUUAUUAUUAUUAUUGCCAUUUAUAUAGCGCCAACAGUUUCCGUAGUGCUUUACAAUAUUAUGAGAGGGGGGUAUUUAACUAUAAAUAGGACAAUUACAAGAAAACUUACAGGAACAAUAGGUUAAAGAAGACCCUGCUCAAACAGGCUCAGUCUGUAGGAGGUAGGCUAUAAAACACUAAAGGACAGGAAAUAUCAAUCAAAUAAGGUGGGAGUGAAGCAGAGCUGGAGGAGAGAGUAGAGUGCUGCCCUUUAGGAGAGAGCAAGAGACAGGUAUGUAAGGUAGAGGUUACUCUAGAAGGCCAUAAGCUUUCUUAAACAGAUGGGCUUUAAGGCAUUUCUUAAAAGAUGCAAGACUAGGGGAGAGUCUGAUAGUGGUAGGCAGGCUAUUCCAUAGGAAGGGAGCCGCGCAUGAGAAGUCCUGCAAGCGUAAGUUUGCUAUACAGUUGCAAACAACGGACAGGAGAAGGUCACGGGCAGAGCGGAGAGACUGAGAAAGUGCAUACCUAUAGAUCUGUGAAGAGAUAUGAGGGGCUAGAAUUGUUCAGUGCUUUAUAGGUCUGGGUUAGCACUUUGAAUUGACUCCUAUAGAAUACAGGAAGCCAAUGUAAGGACUGACGGAGGGGUGAGGUGUGAGAGGACCGACUAGAGAGGAAAAUCAGUCUGGCGGCAGCAUUCAUUACAGACUGUAGCAGGGCAAUACGGCUUUUAGGAGGAUCAGGAGAGGGUUACCAUAAUCUUUUCAGGAAAUUACUACCUCAGGGACCCCCUCCCGCCGGGCUGGAUGGCGAGGAAAGGGGUUAAACUUUCCUUUUUUUCCAGCGCUGGGCGGGGAGCUCGCCUCCGAUCCUCCUCUUUGUCUGAAUGCGCAUGCGCGGCAGGAGCUGCGCGCGCAUUCAGCCAGUCUCAUAGGAAAGCAUUUACAAUGCACGCUUGCGUGUUUUCACUGUGAUUUUCUCUUUAUGUUUAUAAAAAAAAAAAAAAAGGGUUAAUCCUAGAGGGACCUGGCACCCAGACCACUUCAUUAAGCUGAAGUGGUCUGGGAGCCUAGAGUGGUCUUUUAAUAUGGAGUAGUGGCCUUUGAAUUUAGCUGCAAUUAGGUCGUUGGUAACUUUGAAGUGGUCUGGGUGCCUAUAGUGUCCCUUUAAGCCAAAAUAGUUGAAUUCAUUAAUCAAUCUCUCCAGCUCGUCUAUUAUGGCCCAAAUUUGGAAUUCAGGUCUCAAUUAUCGGGAAUUAUGAGGUGAAUAACCAUGUCUGGUUAUUUUCAGGAUUUGAAAGUGAGUUUGGCUAUUUUGUCCUGCAAGUUGAAUUUCAAACAUGGCUGACUUAAAAAUUAUUUCCAAUUUAGCCAAUUUCAUGUGAAAUUUGAAAUCCCAGCUGUUCUGAAUUUAGUGACUAAUUCAGCAAUCUAUAGUAGACGCAAACAUUACCAUCACCAAAUCACUUGCUACCUACUGUUUUGCAGCACUGUCAAAUAUAAUAUAUUGUUAAGAAGUCCUAUAAUAUGAAAACUGUACUGAUUUUGUAAUUCUUUUGGUAUCCAUGGUAAUUGCAUCACAUUUAGAGGUCUGGCCUUUUUAAAAAAAAAUAAAAAAUCUUUAUUCUUGUGGUGCAUAUUAAUCACAUAUUCAGCAUGAGCCAAAUAGCACUGAAACAGUUACGUGGUAACGCAUGUUAUGUACAAGAAUAUCAAUACACCAUUUUUAAAUUAUUUGUUUUUUAAUCAAACAUGUAACCAAGGACUAAGGGAAUGAAUCAACACGUUUACUGACAUGAACUGAGCUUAUUAACUUUCCUUUUUGAAGCAUGUUUGGUACACAUUCUAACCCAGGGCUCCUGGCAGAGUCUGAUAGUUUUUCAAGGAAAAGUAGGUUUUUCUCACAGUGUUUAUGACCAUAUUAGGGCAUUACUACAAUCGUAGGCACAGACAAGGCACUGCAUGUAAAUUAACUGUGUGAGUGUGUAUAUUUCCUCCAUUUUACAGUUGUUGGUUUUUUUUUUUUUUUUUGUUUUUUUUUCAAAUCCCUUAAAAAUUCUGCAGCUUUUAUUCAUGGACUUUGUGUGCAUUGAAGUUUAGGGAGCAAAUAAGUAAACAUGAUUAAACAAUGCUUGUCUACUUAAUAUAAAACAGUGGUGGUGCACAAGGCUUAGAUCCACAUAUAUUAUAGAACUGCUACUGGGUAUUCACAAUGCUUGCGAAGAGAGAAUUUCCCAGUUAUUCUAUUUAUUAUUCAUAAUUUGUUACUGGUUAAACAUGUAGUACUGAAUAAGUGGGUUUUAUUUUGUAGAAGGAUCCUCAUGUUCCAUGUAUUUUUUUUUUUUUUUUUUAAAUGUAAAUUCUUUAUUUUUGUUGCGCAGGAGAGUACAUAAACGGUGAUAUACGCCACAACAGCGUUCCAUUUAUUUAUUUAUUUUGUUUGUGUAGAUAUACUCUGUAUGAGUAAGACUUGCAAUCUAUAGUUAGAAGACAAAGAAGGGACUACUUUGUUUCAUGAUUAAAGCUUGUGGUUGACAAAAGGAGGAACUCUACUUAUGUCCAAUCCGUGAAGCCAUCACAAAUGACAGCUUUGGGAUUCAGUCAUUGUCUGUGUGGGAUCCUCCAGAGACCUCAGUUUUUUUUACUCUCGUGCAUGUACGAGAGUACAACACUGACAUGUCUCCUGGCAGCUGAAGAGACCUGGAGCGUUUGCAAAGGACAGCAGGAAGUAAAUGAAACUCCUCUUUCCUCCACCAUGCAGCCACCUGAGCCAUACCGGAUGUCUGUUUCAAGGGUCUUUGCAAAAUAUGCAAAUGCAUAUAUUGACUGUUUUAAACAGCAUUUUAGAAAGAGACGUGUUUGUCACUCUCUUUAUCGCAAAUAAUUGCUGAAUAAUUUGGGAAUCUGCAUGACUGGUUAGAGUUACAAACUGUCACAUUCCUGCCGUAAAAUGGAAUAAUUUUUAUAUUUAUUUUUUUAAAUGGUUACUCCAGGCGCCAUGACCAUUUCAGUGAUUUGUUGUGGACAUGGUGCCUGUAGUCCGUGCAGCGUUUUACUUUGAAACACUGUACGUACAGAGUUUAACCCCUUUGGUGCCUGAGGUGUAACUCCACCAGUAGAGUUCUGGGCUGGCUAAUGUCAAGUCUGUGCAAAUUUGGAUCCAAAGAAUCUAAAUAAUUGGCUAAAAGAGGUCAGUUGACAAUUUUAGCCAAUGAAUGAGCAGCAGGCUCAGCAUCCGGCAGCUUUGCAGAAGCUAGAUGUCGUAAACCUUGCACACAGAGGACCUGUGUCUGGCAGGUGCAGGUAAGAGGGCAUUUUAAAAUGGACAUGCUCAUGCAAAGCGUGAGGAUGUCCAACGUUGUUUCCCGGAGUUAAAUGUUAAAGUGUAACUACCACAAUAUUGAGCAUCAGACAAAGGGAGAGAAUUGCAUGGAUUUAAAAAAUAAUUUAAAUGUGUGACAGAGAACAGAAGGAGGUCAACCAAAGACUCUUUGCACCAUAAUCACUACAAGGAUUUAUAGUGUUUUUGUUGAAAGGAACAUUUCCUUCUCGUUUAAGGAACACUGGGUUGUACAUUCCUUAUAUGCUUUAAAGUAAACUUUCACAAACGUCACAUUGCAGGGGUUGAAUUUUCCUGGGAAACACUUGAAUGGGAUCCAACUAUUUUUAUACUUAACUAAUGGAUUAUUUUUCUUGUAAAUAACGUUGAUCACUUGGAUUUUAUCCAGGUACAUAUAUACCUUAUCUACACAAGACACAGAAAUACAUUAAUCUCUAUUGUUUGCAUUCUAAAGAGAGAGAUAUAUUUAUAUCAUAUAAUUUUUUUAUUUUAUUUUUUUUUUCAUUGGUGGGGGGUGAAUGAAGGUCCCCACAUAAGGACAACUUCCAAUAAUAUCUUUAGUUGAGCACAAUUAAAAUGAACCAUGGAGUUGGUUUCUCGAAAGGAGAAUCCUAUAAAAUAUCAUGUUGUCAUAAAUGUAUACAAGCUAAUUUAUAAGUUCUAAUAUCAACAGGGAUUAUUUCCUCCACCUGUGUUUCUUGAUGAACACAUUGAAUAUACUGUAUUACAGACAGGCCAACUGCUGUCUCUAGAAUGUUUGGCAAACUGCAAUUCAGACUGGAGGUGGGUAAUUCAGUAAAGGGAGAAUUGUCUGGAAUUCAAUGUUUUAAUGCAAGGUAGCCAAACUACGGGAAAAUGUCAGCUAUGCUUCCAGUUUGAUUAUUUUGGACUUAAUUUUGAAAUCUCUUUGAAUUUCUGACAAGGUAGUGAAUAGUCCUAUAAAUGUUUUAAAACUACAGGUCUAUUCUAAAGGCUGGUAAAACAUUGUUGGAGAUCUACCAUUUACACACCCUGCCUUUAAUGUAUUUUAUUUUUAAUAUAAAUGGACGGUGGGGAUUACUACAUUGAAAAUACAGUAAUUUAAUUGCCCUGCCUUUGAAUUAAAUCUGCGCAUGUAUGUGCGUGCAUGCGUGCGUACACAGUGGCCUAAUAAAAAGCCUGGACCCUCUUUAUAUGCAGUGCCUGUGAUUCCCCAAACUGUGGCAUAAUAUGCCAACCCUCCCCAAUCAUCAGAAAUAUUGUUCCUAAUAUGACUUAAAAAUAAUGUAAAGAAAACACAUUCUGCUUACCAACAGCUGUCAGACUGCAUCUGUAGGUUAUUUGAUUUAUUCCGCGUCUGCAGAUAUAGUUGGGGGCAGAAAGUGCCACUGAAAAUAAAUGUCAAUUAGACAGUAAAUAUUGGUGUAUACAUACCAUACCGGAAAUGUAAUUGUCAUACAGUAAAUAUUGGUGUAUACAUACCAUACUGGAAAUAAAUAGCAAUUAUAGUCAUACAGUAAAUAUUGGUGUGUAUAUAUAACAUACUGAAAAUAAAUGUAAAUUAUACAGUAAAUAUUGGUGUGCACAUACCAUACUGGAAAUAAAUGCAAAUUAUACAGUAAAUAUUGGUGUGCACAUACCAUACUGGAAAUAAAUGUAAAUUAUACAGUAAAUAUUGGUGUGUGUGUGUGUGUGUGUGUGUGUAUAUAUAUACCAUAUUGGAAAUAAAUGUCAAUUAUAGUCAUAUAGUAAAUAUUGGUGUAAAAAUGCCAAUUAUACAGUAAGUAUUGGUGUAUACAUGCCAUACUGGAAAUAAAUGGCAAUUAUACAGUAAAUAUUGGUGUAUACAUGCCAUACUGAAAACAAAUGCCAGUCAUACAGUAAAUAUUGGUGUAUACAUACCAUAAAUGCCAAUUAUAUUAUUUAAGAAAAUGUAAACGGAAAUGUUUUACAUUGCCCGAGUAAAGGGAGAGCAUCUAUAUGGCGCAACCACUACAUUUUAAAGGGACACUAUAGUCACCAGAACAACUACAGCUUAAUGUAGUUGUUCUGGUUAGUAUAAUCAUUGCCUUCAGGCAAUUUCAUGUAAACACUGCCUUUCAGAGAAAAUGCAGUGUUUACAUUGCCCCGUAGGGACACCUCCAAGUGGCCCCAUUCAGAUGGCCACUGGAUGUGAUUCCUGGCUCAGGGCUGCACAGUAGACAGCCCUACCGUUCAGCGUCUCCUCUGCAUGGGGACGCUGAAUUUUCCUCAUAGAGACUCAUUGAUUCAGUGCAUCUCUAUGAGGAGGUGCUGAUUGGCCAAAACGGCGUUUGGCCCUGCUCCCUUGCCGAUUUUAACCAAUCCAAUGCAUUUCCCAUGGGAAAGCAUUGGAUUGGCUAAAAUUGGCAAUUCUGAUGUCACCAAUGUGGUGGGGUGAGUUUUUUUUUUUUUUUUGUGUGCUUCUAAGGAUGCUGAUGUCAGAAACCGUGUUAUAACCAAAUCCAAUCCAUGAUUUAAUAAUUAAACUCUGGAUCUAUAUGCCAAUAUUUCAAGGUUAACAAACAAACCUUUCAGAUAUUAUCCACACGUGUUCUUGAUAUAUUAUUGGUUUUGGUUACAGAGGUUAUAUGCCCUUUAAUUGGUGUGGUUGAUGAGGAGGAAUCUGUUAAAGCAGCUUUGCAAGGUUAUUUGGUAAAGAGUUUUUUUUAAAUGGAUCUUUUUACCAAAAAAAAAAAUGUACAUCCUUAGUAUUUUAUGACGAUGUACUCUUUAUACAAUACUUUAAGUUGACCAAACUUGACAAAAGGCAGAUCUGCCCCAGUCAGAUUUAGUUAAUGGUUUGUCGUCCUGAAAGUUUGUGGGUUUUUUUGCAAAGAGGAAGUGGUAUUUGCUGCAAAGUAAGCUUGCAGGUUCCCAAACAUCCACAAUGGAAUCUGAUGGCGCUAUAUAAAUAAUGUAAUGCAACUGCAUCACACACCACACACUUUAGGCUACACAAGGGGUCCGGAGGUGUAAAAAUAAAAUAAACAUAUAUAUAUAUACUGACUGUUAUAUAUAUAUAUGUGUAUAUAUAUAUAUUAUAUAUAUAUGUGUAUGUAUGUAUGUAUGUAUGUGUGUAUAUAUAUAUAUAUAUAUAUAUAUAUAUAUAUAUAUAUAUAUAUAUAUAUACACACAUACACACAUACACACAUACAUAUGAAACAAGGGGGGGUUGGCUGCACGCACCUAAACAUGCAUAAAUGGGGGUGCUGCUGGGGGCCAAAUAAUACAAAACACAAGAUCCAGCGCACUCACCUAUCCACUAAACAGCAACUUCAAUGUUGAAAGAUUUUUUAUUUUAUUUUUUAAACACCUAAUCUAGGCAAAAAUAAUGGGGGUUUAGUUACAUUAUAUGAUCAUACAGUGCAGCCAACCCCCCCUUGUUUCAUAUAUAUAUUUGGGAGUCUAGCCAACUCCUUGGUUUUGCACCCCUCCCUGUCACAGGUGCCUCAUCCCAGGGCCCUAUUUAGCCUUGUACUGCAGAGAGCCCCAGAUGGAAUUUUUUUCCUCAAGUAAGUGGUUAAUCUUAUAAGAGCAGACAUUAGGCUGUUAGUGUAGGACCUGCCAAAGAUGGGGUACAUUGACGUUGUGGCAGGCUUAUGCAAUGUAUGAUCAUAUAAUGUAACUAAACCCCCAUUAUUUUUGCCUAGAUUAGGUGUUUUAAAAAAAAAAAAACCCUAAUAAAAUCUUUCAACAUUGAAGUUGCUGUUUAGUGGAUAGGUGAGUGCGCUGGAUCUUGUGUAUUGUAUGUGUGUGUGUGUGUGUAUGUAUAUAUAUAAUUUUUUUUUUUUUUUCUUAAAAUAGGACUUAUUAACCCGAGGGACACAAACCAUAGCCAGCCUUCAAAACAUUGCUAAAUGAGGCCAGAUUGGACACUCAAUAACCAGCUGAGAUUUAAAACCAAACAAAUGAAUUAAGCAGACAGGGUUCAUAGGUCAGAGACUAAUAAAAAGGGCAAGGAAAGGAGGGAAGCUGGGUAGCAACAGAUGUGGCUACUUCUUACAAAGAGGAAUUCAUCCUGAAAUCACAAAACAUAACCAACAGUCUCACCCCACCAUAAAUCAUCUUUGUAUCUCUGCAACUUUUUAAAUGAACAAACUCAACAAUAGUGGCAAAUCACCAGUAUUACUUAAAGAUGAAGGCUUCAUGCUUAAAGUGAUCAAAUAUAGAGAUAGCAAACUGGUUCUGCAAUUCAUUUUUUUUAAACAUUCUGUUUUGUGAUCAGAGUUUACGUGUGUGCCAGGGAACAUGCCCAUACUUGCUGCUGAGAACCUGACAUGGACCUUUCUACAAGUCGAGUACUCUCACCAUUCUCACAUGAUUGCUAAAGAUAUCAUGGGAAUAAAAAAAAAAACUAAUAUUCUUUAGUUGACAAAAUCUAAGUUGCAAAACAGUUCUGCAUUUUAAGGGAAUCCGAGUUUGGGUAAAAUGCUAUUUAUUUUACAACACUGACCAAAGCAUUAUUUAUCUCAUUAUCAUAUUGUCAAACCUCCAUUAUAUUUUGCAUUAUUGGAACCUCACAACUACAUUAGCAUUUAUACACUCCUUUAAUUAUUUUGAUGAAAUUUGUAAUGCAAUAAUUUUUAUUUUUUGUAAUAGACCGUUCUAUAGUUGUCUGUAUACAGUUAGAAGGUACAUUAUACUCACAAAUAAAAUACAGUGACUGAAUGAAAAACAAUAGAAUAGUGCUGCUACAAUCACCAGUGUUGAUCACCCAAACAACACAAAUAGGAUGGAGUGAAUAGGUGAGCGCAAGCACACAAAAUACUACCACUUUAAAUAUAAGAUGGUAAAUGGCAGUGGUUAACUGUCUGCAAUAAAACAUAAUAUACAAUUCAAUAUGUGAGCUUGACCAACCUAUAUGCAACACUAAAAUAUUUUCAUAUAUUACACUAUGAAUUGUAUUUUGUUUUAUUGCAAACAGUUGACCACUGCCAUUUACCAUCUUAUAUUUAAAGUGGUAGUAUUUUCUUUUCUUUGUGUGCUUGCUCUCACCUAUUCACUCCAUGGUUAGAAGGUACAUGCCUACCUAAGUUCCAAACUAUUUCUCAUUCCAUUACAAUGAUGCAUUAAUUUGGUUACCUUUUUGUGCUGCAAACCUGAAUAAGUAUCUCUUAUUUAUCAUCUACAUGUACAGCCAUUCGUGAGCCAUUUCAAUUAUGCCAAACCGAGGUCACCAACACCUGAUUGGAACCAUUAGAGAGAUAUGUAUUGUGUAUGUGUGUGUGUGUGUGUGUAUAUGUAUGUAUGUAUGUAUGUAUGUAUGUGUGUGUGUGUGUGUGUGUGUAUGUGUGUAUAUAUCAAUAUAUAUAUAUAUAUAUAUAUAUAAUAUCUCUAUCUAUCACUGUACGCUCACUGCUAUACUGUCUUGAAUAGCACAAAGGUAAAUGGAUUAUUCUAAAAAAAACCUUCAAGAAAGCGACUUGUGCAAGGAGUGAGAGAAUGACUGAUUCCACAACGGCUGCUCUCAGAAGCUGCAGGAAUUAAAGGCUCACUAUAGGGUUAGGAACACAAACAUGUAUUCCUCACCCUAUAGUGUUAAAAGCACCAUCUAGCUCCCCUGGGCCCCUCAUGCCUCCUAAAAUAUAGCAAAAUCUUACUGUAUUCAAGCCUGAAGCUGUAGAUCUGCAUGCGGUUUGCCUCAGAAAAAACAAGCAGUCUGCUGACAUCAUCAGAAGUGAUAGCCUGAUCCAAUCACAGUGCUUCCCCAUGGGAUUGGCUGAGACUGACAAAGAGGCAGAUUAGGGGCAGAGCCAGCACAAUUCAAACACAGCCCUGGCCAAUCAGCAUCUCCUCAUAGAGAUGACUUGAAUCAAUUAAUCUCUAUGAGGAAAGUUCAGUGUCUACAUGCAGAGGGAGGAGACAUUGAAUGUUUGGAUGCAUUUUGGAGGAGUGGCCAGUGAACUUAUCCCUAGGCUGUAAUGUAAACACUGCAUUUUCUGUGAAAAGACUGUGUUUACAGCAAAAAGCCUGAAGGUAAUGAUUCUAAUCACCAGAACAAAUGCAAUAAGCUGUAGUUGUUCUGGUGACUAUAGUGCCCCUUUAAUGUGGGUCUAAACAUUGAUCACUAUGAAGAAAUUGUAACUACUAUAGAGCCCUUUUAAAAGUUAUCCUACACAAUAACAGAUCUACUUAAAGCUUGUUUAAUUAUAAGGAACAUAAAGGCACUAAAACAACUUUGGCUAGAUAAAGUAACUUUGGUGUAUAGACCACUCCCCUGCAGUCUCACUAUUCAAUUCUCUGUAACUUAGGUGUUAAAUAACUUUGUUUAUGCAGCUCUAGUCACACCUGGAGACAGCUAAUGUUUAACCCCUUAAGACCGGAGGACGUACAAUUACGCCAUAUUUUAGGCGGCUCUAAACGCCGCCGGGCAUAAUUGUACUCUCUCCGGUCUUUCUUUACUUACCCCGUCGCCGGUGGUCCCAUGCUGGUGAUCGCGGUGGGGGGGGCUCUGACCCCCUGGAAGCCCCCGCCAUGUGAGAGUGAGGUCCUUAUGAGGCAGGUAGGCUGCCUGCUGCAUUGCCAGCAGGGGGGCUGCCUGUAAUGACAGGUGGUCCCCCUGCUGGCUGAAAAUAAAAAUAAAAUAAAUUAAGUGUAAAAAAAUAUAUACUUAGAUCAUAUAUAUAUAUAUAUAUAUAUAUAUAUAUAUAUAUAUAUAUAUAUAUAUAUAUAUAUAUAUAUAUAUAUAUAUAUAUAUAUAUAUAUAUAUAUACACACACUCUGUCUAGGUGUAUUUUACUAUUAAUAUAUAUAUAUUCAAAUUACACGUAGACUGAUACUGAUUAAAUAUAUAUAAUUGUUAUAUAUUUAUAAUAUAAAAAAAUUAAAUAUGUAAAUACGUUAAAUAAAAUUAAAAAAAUAAUUAAAAAAAAUAAAAAAAUAUAUAGGUGUGUUAUUUCGUUCUAACUGUAGUGUGAUAUUAAUAUAUAUUUAUAUCAAAAUACACGUAGAACGAAAUAAUAUAUAUAUCUACAUACAUAAAUAUAUGUGUGUGUAUAUAUACCUAUAUAUAAAUAAAUAUAUUUAUGUUUAUGUAAUAUUUUUACAUAAUUACCGUAUAUACUCGAGUAUAAGCUGAGAUUUUCAGCACAUUUUUUGUGCUGAAAAACCCCAACUCGGCUUAUACUCGAGUCACUGUCUGUAUUAUGGUAAUUUACAUUAAUUUACAUUGCCAUAAUACAGACUGCGGGCUGGCAGAGCUGUUACUUACCUCUCCUGCAGCUCCUGUCAGCUCUCUCCUCCUCCGCGCCGGUCCGGUCAGCACCUCGGUCAGCUCCCAGUGUAAGUCUUACAGUUUGAGCUGACAGAAGAGCUGCACGGACCGGCGCGGAGGAGAAGAGAGCUGACAGGAGCUGCAGGAAAGAUAAGUAACAGCUCUGCCAGCCCCCCUCCUCCCCCCACUGAAUUGCCAAUGGACCAACAGGGAAUAAGAGCCCCCCUCCCUGCCAUGUAUCAAGCAGGGAGGGGGGACAACAAAAUAAAUAAAUUUAAUAAUUUAUAAAUAUAAAAAAUUUAAAAAAUAUAUAUAACAAAAAAAUUAAAAUAAUAUUAAUAAUAUAUAAAUAAUAAUAUAACAAAAAAAAUUAAAAUAUUUUUAUUUUAUUUUUUUAUAAAAAUGCCCACCCCCCACCAAGGCUCUGCAACACACACACACACUGCAUUCCACACACACACACACACUGCAUUCCACACACACACACACACUGCAUUCCACACACACACACACACUGCAUUCCACACACACUGCAUUCCACACACACUGCAUUCCACACACACUGCAUUCCACACACACUGCAUUCCACACACACUGCAUUCCACACACACUGCAUUCUACACACACUGCAUUCUACACACACUGCAUUCUACACACACACCACACAUUUCACACACACACACACUGCAUUCCACACACACACACACUGCAUUCCACACACACACACACUGCAUUCCACACACACACACACACUGCAUUCCACACACACACACACACACUGCAUUCCACACACACACACACACACUGCAUUCCACACACACACACACACACACUGCACUCAUACACACACACACUGCAUAAUCCAUCUUCACCCAUGGAGGGCUCUGCAGACUGAGCUCCGCAGGGCGGGGGAAGGCUUAUAAAGCCUUCCCCCGCCCUGCAAUUAGGCUAAAAACACUCUGAUUGGUGGGUUUAAGCCAAUCAGAGUGCUCUUUGUCAUUUUACACAGCGUGGGAAAAUUCAAAAGAAUUUUCCCACUGUGUAAAAUGACACAGAGCACUGUGAUUGGAUGGCUUGAAAUUCAUCCAAUCACAGUGCUCUGUGUCAUUUUACACAGCGUGGGAAAGUUCUUUGAAUUUUCCCACGCUGUGUAAAAUGACAAAGAGCACCUGAUUGGCUUAAACCCACCAAUCAGAGUGUUCGUGAACCCAAUUGUGGUAUGGCAAGGCUUUAUAAGCCAGAGGGGACAGUAGGUUUUUCAGUGAGCAGCCACAGGCAAUGUGUAUAUUGGGAGGAAAUGUGUCACAUAUCAAUAUCCAUAUAACCUAUAUCCAUGUAGGUACUUCAAUCAAUCAAUAUAUAUAUAUAUAUAUAUAUAUAUAUUCCUUUAACCCCUUCCUUCCUUUAACCCCUUAAGGACCAAACGUCUGGAAUAAAAGGGAAUCAUGACAUGUCACGUGUCCUUAAGGGGUUCAUUGAGAUUUCUAGAAAAAUGCCAUCUGCAAAGGAACCAAAAGAUAUUUUCUGUUUAGGCGCUGUAAUUUCCUGGACACACAUGCACAUAGGAAAAAUAAAGGAAACUGAAUGAGAAAAAAAAAAAAAAAAUUAUAUUUAUUCCAGACGUUUGGUCCUUAAGGGGUUAAAGGAAGGUUAAAGUUAAAAUGCCAACACGAAUAGCACAUGUUCAGGUAGUUUUCAAAUAUACAGUGGGAAACCGGAGAACAGCACUCUAUGCUGCAGGCUGAUCUCCUAUAAUUUAUUGAUAUUUGCCAAAACACAAUACAUGUCUUCCGUUAUGUUUACUUGUUCCUUCAGCGCUGGAAGCUGAUAUCCUGUAAUUCCUUUUAUUUUCCCUACGUAGAUACAAUUGUUUGCAGAUUGAAACAGGCCUGGUUACCAUACAUAAGGUGAAAGUAUUUAACCAGAAAAUGCACAUGUAGCUUUCACAGUUUACGAGUACAUUUUGGGACUUAAAAUAGGCCGCUCCAUGAUGUAAUUGCUUUUUCCCCUCUAAAGAGCCACUACGGGCACCCAGAACAUUUCAUCUGAAUGAUGUGCUUAGGGUGGCAUGCCUUCAAGAAUGGCAUUGUUUUCACUUGCCUGUAGUGUAGUGGUUGUCACUUUCAGAGCCUCUAGAGGCGCUUUCUCUGAAAUAGCCCAGUUUUCUGUAUUACCCAGCAAGUCAUUCCCACCUCAAUGUCAGGUUGGGAGCUCUGGGAUAAAUUUGUGUAUUUUUUUCCCCUCUUGUUAUUUUGAAUGUUUCAUGGUCAGAGCUAAGUAACUGAUGGCUCUGUUUCUGUUUUCUUUCUCCCUUAAACUACUGAUCCAUACAUUAGUCACCACACCUUCAUAGAUGUUUAAAGGGACACUAUGUUCACCAGAACAACUACAGCUUAAUGUAGUUGUUCUGGUGAGUAUAAUAGCUCCCUUCAGGCAUUUUCAUGUAACUAAAAAAGUGUAACCCAGGCAGAGGCACAGUUUCUGUCAAUGAAGCACAUGCUAGACUUGAUGGGCUUAUUGCUGCAGCAAUUUUAAGGAACUGUGCACAAGGAGACCGUGACAAAUGAUCUUCUUUGUAGCAUAGAUUGUUCUAGUGAGUUAAGUGUCCUUUUAAAUAUUUGUGUGUUGUUUCCUUCAUACACCACCACAUGUUAUGCUUCCUCCUCCAUUUUUACAAAAACAAAGUGUCGUCAGAGCUGCAGGUGUGAAACACUGAAGUGUAACUUAGUUAUUUGUAUAUAACCAAGUCACUGACCAUGCAAAUUGUUAUUUGUAUUCUGAGUGAGUCUUUUUAGUCUUUUACAAACAGCAAGAAAGAUUAUAUAUUAUAUUUAUUUCAGUAAAGGAGGAGACGAUAAUUAAAAGAAAAACUACCACAACAAGAGGACAUAGUCUUAAAUUAGAGGGGCAAAGGUUUAAAAAUAUCAGGAAGUAUUACCUUACUUAUAUUUAAAGUGGUAGUACUAAGAGGGUAGUGGAUGCCCCCUUGCCGAUUUUAGCCAAUCCAAUGCUUUCCCCAUGGGAAAGCAUUCGAUUGGCUAACAAUUUGCAAAUUUGUGCCAGGGUUGGAACUAGCCCCAGCUCAAAGGUUCAAAUAUCUCUGAAAGUGGAGUAACCCUUUAACCACAGAUUGGUAACUGCUAGAUGGAACUGCAAUGUUUGCCAUCUUUUUCCAGAGAAACAAUAACUUCUCAUUCCUUUUACCCUGUAAAUGCUAUUACAACAUUGACUGGGGUGAAUAGUGCAGAGGCAAUAACUUACCCCUGCUUCGGAUGCUCCACCGCCACUUGAUUCUUUGGGAUCACGCACACACGUUCUGGCACCUAAUAGACGUUCUGCAUGAUCACUGGGCAUUCCUUCUCACAGAGCUAUAGACAAUUUUAUAGGACUUCGAGAGUUAACCUAUUUACAUUUUAGGCCAUAUAAUGGCCGAAUUGGGAAAAGUCCCCAAGUUAGUUGUGUUUUCACUGUAUUUAGUUUGGUCUUAAAUUUUAAAUUCACUUUAAAUUUUCUUUGAAUUCUCAACUUUAGUAAAUGAUCCUGCAUAUGUUUUGGUGCUGUAUACAAUAAGAGCGAGACAUCAUGUUGUCUGGGGUGAAUUUACGUCUAACCGCUCUGUAUGAUGCAGCAUCUUUAAAAUGACAACUUGUAGUGGUAGUUUAGAAUUCCAGUUCUCACGUUAAAGCAAAUUGUAGUGUUCAAUAGGAAUGUGUAAUUUGUUUCGGAACUAAUUGAAUUUUGUCCAAAGUCAGGAAUCUGGAAACGUCAGAAAGUAAAAUAAAAGGAUCCAUGACGAACUGAAACAAUUAAGUUUGGAUCCAUGCAUUUUGAGAAGGAUAACAAGUUAGGUAGUGAUCUACUGAACAACUGAGAGCAAAAUUAAGAAAUGGUCUUUUUAAAAAUUUUCUGUUUAGCCGAUGACUCACUAGUUUACUAAUGCUAUGUGGGUUUUCUGUAUUUAGAAUACCAAAUGACAGUGCUGUUUAGCAUAUAGCUCCCAUAUUUGGUAAUUGGAAUCCUUAUAGAAUUAUCAUGCAAGGAUCGCACAUUAGGGAGUUAUCUACUAAACAGAUGAAAUAUCAGAAUUAAGAAAAGGGAAGCAAUUUACUAGAUACCUCCUUAAAUUUGUAGUUUGUGACUGCCACUUUCUUUCAUACUACAUAAGGAAAUAAUUGGUGUCCGAAUUUAGAAAGUGAUCAAAAUGUUUGUCCAACUUUAUAUUUUCUGAAUUUUGGACCAACCGAAAUGCGAACAUUCACAAAAUAAUUUUUUAUUUUUUUAUUUUUUUUUUUUCCUGUGCACAUCUUUAGUUUACAAUUUUAAUCUAACCCAUUUCACAUUUCAGAAUAUGGGAUUCCAAGUCAUGUAAUGUCUAUUAUUUGUAGUAGAAAAAUUCUGCUGUACGAAGCAUCCUUCAAGGGGCAUAUUCAGGAGACCCGGCCACAUUCCAUCACUUGUUCUACCUUCAUAAAUAACUUUUAGAUGGGAAGCCCUAUUUAAAGCAGGAAAGUGUUGCAUUACCCGUACUACAGUCUUACUGUGUAGUUGCAGGAAUAGUGGGAAGGCUAUUUCAGAGCUGUGGGUAGAAUCCUAUGAAACAUUUUCUUUGUGCAGUCUAGUACGUAGCAGUUUCCAUAAUAUACCUCUCUACAAUGCGUCCAUACAUGGCGUUUGCCGUUGAGCAGUAUUCAAGCACUCACACUUUGAUUCUUGUUGUAAAGAACUAUUUAUGCGUAUGUAUGUGUGUAUUGUUUUCAGAGCUGAAACAGUAAAAAUGUGUAUGACCCGAGUCUGUUUGUUGUGCACAGUUGAUUGCUCUCUGAAUGUGAUGGGUGUCGGGACUGUGUAGUUUCCUGGUGACUAGUUACAUCUGGAAGCAGUUACUGGAGUAGACCAUCAUCAGAUCUGACCUUCCCAUGACUGGAUGCUGAAAAUAAUCUUUGAAUCUGACCUCUGGAGAGAUGUUUCUUAGUAUCUGCUUCUUUUUUUUUUUGUGUGUUUUUUUUAUUUUUAAUUUUUAUAGUAUGAUAUCUGUAUGUUCUCCUUUUUAGAAUUCUAUUCUACACAUUUAGUCAGAAUUGCUACAUUUCCCUUCAAAGUUUAAAAUAAACAAAAAAAACUAAAAACAUUUUUUACAGUCAUGUUUCAGUUCCUCUUUUUUGUGUUAGUCACAUUUUUGGUGGUAGUGUUGUGAUUCUUAUAGGGCCACAAGGCAGAUAAAACUUGCACUGCAAUGUUUUUUUUAUGGUUUUGCUGGUAGACAUGUCCUCAUUUAGUCUGUCUACCCUGUGUACAAGCGUUUCUGAGCCACACCUGAGUCAUGUGUGUGUUAAUUUUGAAAUCAAAGUUAGAAUGAUAACUGUAAAGGAUGUGCUUCCACGUAGAAUUCUCAGAAUAAUGCAUAGUGGCAUAGAAAAUAGCUUUGUUGAAGGAUCUAAGAAGCUGUAAAGGUCUUGUGUAAAGUAGAUGGAACACACACAGCAGCACACAUUUUUGCUUUUUAUAUUCUUGGGGGUUAUGUGUAUAGCGUAUGGGUGUUCUGAUUUCACAAAAUACAGGUCAUGAGAUUAUUUUAGUGUUUACUGUUUAUUGGAACAAGACCCCACUGUAGUGUACGUAGUGUUUUACCGCAGAGACACAUCUUUCCCCAGUAUAUUAGUCCCUUUGCUACAAAGACGUUUCUAAUGACACUUUUUCUAUAUUUAUUUUAUUUAGAAAGUAUUUUACCAGGAUGGAUACAUUGAGAUUUUUCUCAUUGUCAGGUAUGUCUUGGGUCCACAAAACAUUGCAUUGUUACAAUAGGAUACAGUAUUCUAAAAAUACAAUAUACAAAUCAGAGUGACUGGCAGGAGGUGGGCGCACACUGCUCCCUCCUGCCAGGUACUGUGUAGCGUGACCGAGCGGUGCACCGCAGUACAGGAACUUGUGUCCUGUACCUGGCCGGACUGAAAGGAAGCGCUCACUGAGAGAGUAUUUCCUGUCAGUCCGGCCAGGUACAGGAGACUGAAUCUCCUGUACCGCAGUGAGCACUACUCCGCUCGGCCACGCUACCAGGAAACACACCGGGGAGCGGGGACCAAGGAGGGGAGGGAGAGAGAGAGAGGCACUAAGGGACACUCUAUGAGAUGGGGGGGCUGUAAGGAUCACUAUGGGACGGGGGCAGUGGUAAGGCUCACUAUGGGACAGGGCGGUGGUGGUAAUGAUCACUAUGGGACGGGGCAGUGGUGGUAAGGAUAACUAUGGGACGGGGGCGGUGGUGGUAAGGAUAACUAUGGGACGGGGGCGGUGGUGGUAAGGAUAACUAUGGGACGGGGGCGGUGGUGGUAAGGAUAACUAUGGGACGGGGGCGGUGGUGGUAAGGAUAACUAUGGGACGGGGGCGGUGGUGGUAAGGAUAACUAUGGGACGGGGGCGGUGGUGGUAAGGAUCACUAUUCAACAACAUUACUGGGAUUUGAUUUGAUCUGAUCCACACUGGUUUUUCCUUUUUAAAUUAUUAAGGUGUUUUAUUAACGACACUAACAGACACAGGUCUAAAAUUUUAAUCUCUCUAUAUGAGGAUUUUGAAGAUUUGGCAGGGCCUGAUCUUUAUUUGUCAUUUGUUAUCUUGGCAACCAAGGGUGGUAGCACAUCCAACAAAAUAACUAUUCCAUUUGCUACAUCUAGAGGGUGUUGCAGUGUUUGUCCAUUUUGACAGUGGAGGGCUGGAAGUGGAUUGUGGGCAUUUGUAUGCUAUUUAUGAUUUUCCAGAUGUUUCUUGAGUUUUAUUGGUGGUGGUUUUAAAUUUUCACUGAAUUAUUGGGCCUUUGCCAUUUUUGUUUGUUUUUUUGUGCAUGCAUUUCACCAUUGUCUGUAAGUACAGUGAUCGUUCAUGGAGCUAGUACGCUUGAAUUUUGACCACAGUGAAUCUCUAAACUGGUACAUUUGAAUGAGGUCAGCUGUAACCCAGGGCAGAUGUUUCCCUUUUAGUCGCACUUUACGCAGAGAGGCAUGCAAAUUCCAAACACGCAAGAGCUCGGACUGAAAAGAUGCAAUUGUAGAGUCUAGAUCUGGUAUUAGACCUAAUCUGUGACAUGGUAUGUUAUUGAGUUCAUUUAUAAAGGAUUCAAGAUAAAAUUUUGUGAAAGACCUGGUGAUUAUAAUCUUGGGAGGGGAUAUAGUGACCUUUAUUUUGCGUAUGCAGUACACUAGACAGUGGUCACUGAAACUGUUAGGGAAAACGCCGCCUGGGUUUUGUCAGGACGACUGGAGAGAAUCCAAUCAAGCAAGGUAUGGUUCUGGCUUUUAAUAUUAAUGCGAGUUGGGGAGGAAAUUAAUUGUUAGCUGCAAAGUCUUAAACAGCAUACAUGAUUUAUUAUUUUUAAGAUUCAGCCAAUCAAUCUUAAAAUUUCCAAAAACCAACAGUUCACUUUUUUGGUAUUGAGCUACAGUUUCACUUAGUAGUUGGGCUAUGUCAGAAAGGGAGUGCACCGGAGAGCUAGGUGGGUGGUAGAUUCCAGUAACAAUGCUAGUUUUACUGAAAGGGAUCAGAAGGGGAGUUAUAGUUUUUUAAAGGAGUAAAUUUUAUGGACUUCUCAACAUAUAAAACAAUGCCUCCUCCUCUCUUUGCUCUGUCAUUUCUAAAACAUGAAAAACCCUGCAAUGACGGAGUCUGGUAUUUUAGUUAUUAACCAUGAUUCUGAGAGCACAAUGAUUUUUGGUUUGUAAUGGGAACACCAGGCUUGCAGUGCAUCCAGUUUAGGGAGCAAGCUACGGAUGUUGCAGUGCACAAUAGAGGCCUUAUUUUUUAGUGGGGAGAUUAGGAUUAGAAUUAGCUGGGGCACUAUUGUUAGACUUCACAUCAUUUGCAAGGACAAAGUAAGUAACAUAAGAAAUAGGAAUUUGGACAUAAUUUUUGUUUGGCCAUAUAGUGAAUGGGAUACUUUAUCAUUUUGAGUUGGGGGAUAGGAGGGCUAUUUUUUAUAACUCUCCUCUGGCACUCAGCAGAUAAGUUACAGCAACAGAGCAUGCCAUGGUGUAUGAUAAUUUGUUUUCCAGUUUGAGGUGUGUGCUUAUGGUGGUAGCGAUGUGAACAAAACUGGAGUUAGAAAAGGGUUAUUAAGAAUAACUGCAUGGUCAUAUUUGGAUUCAUGUUACUGGUAUGAGGUGUGUAGAUGAAAACAAAAUAAGAAAUUUAAAAAAUAAAUAAAAGUAUAUAAUAUUGGUGUGUGAUAUAUAGCUAUUUGUAGGGAGAGAGGGAUUGUAUUCUGUAGGGUUAAGAGAUUGGGAAAGAUGUGCUGAUCAGUGUUUGCACCUGUCAUUUCAGGAGAAUGAAGGUUGUGUGGGAAACUAGCUAUAAAUGAGGAAAUGAGCUAUGGUCAGAUGGGCUAAGGGAUAUGGGGGCUGGGGGGAGAAUCUAUAGCCAUUUGAUUUAAGGGUCGUUUAAGCAAAAACAAAGGGAAAGAUUGAAAAUUACAGAGCUAAGUAUUCAAGUAGGGAAAUAAAACCAUUAAACAAUAACAAGAAAUAUAUAUGGGCCUGAGCUGGUUAAACUAACUUUUAACAUAAUAGACAAGACAAAGGUGAUAAAAUAAGCAAUGUGCCAGGGAUAUGCAAAGUAUGAUUAGCACAGGCUGUAGUUACAAAGACAUUGAAAUAUAUACAUUGAAAAUAAUAAAAUGGAAAGGGCAGUGGAACAGCUGAUGGAGGUCUGGGUUGUUUGCUGGGCUGGGUAAGUUUUAAAAUCAGGCUCUCAAUCUUGGAAAUUACGAAACUGAAUAUUUCAGUAUUUUAAUAUUAAAUCAAAGGAACACAUUGGGCAGCAAACCAAAUUUUGUUUUCUUUCAUAGGUUUUGGCCUAUUCAUGUUGUGUGGUAUUUUAGAAAAAUUUUUAUUUAGUUAUUCAAAUCACUAUUUUUCUUAAAAAAAAAAAAAAAGUUUGCAGUUCAGUUCAAUGCCACUCCUUAGUACUUGGUGGCACACAUCUCAGGAGGGAUUUUGUCCCACUCCUCUUUGCAGAUGCUCUCCUAAUCAUUAAGGUUUCGAGGCUGUUGUUUGGCAACUUGAAUCUUCAGCUCCCUCCACAGAUUUUCUAUGGGAUUAUGGUCUUGAGACUGUCUAGGCCAUUCCAGGACCUUAAUGUGUUUCUUCUUGAGCCAUUCCUUUGUUGCCUUUGCUGUGUGUUUUGUGUCAUUGUCUUGCUGUAAUACUCAUCCACAACACAUUUUCAAUGCCCUGACCGAGGGAAGGAGGUUCUCACCUAAGAUUUGACAGUACAUGGCCCUGUCCAUCAUCCCUUUAAUGCAGUGCAUUAAAGGGAAAAACACCCCAAUGCAUAAUGUUUCCAACUCCAUGUUUAACAGUGGGGAUGGUGUUCUUGGUGUCAUAGGCAGCAUUCCUCCUCCUCCAAACACGGCGAGUUGAGUUGAUACCAAAGAGCUCCAUCCCCACUGUUAAACAUUUCACCCAGUUCUCCUCUGAAUCAUUCAGAUGUUCAUUGGCAAACUUCAGACGGGCCUGUACAUGUGCUUUCUUGAGCAGGGGGACUUUGCGGGUGCUGCAGGAUUUCAGUCCUUCUCGGCAUAGUGUUACCAAUUGUUUUCUUGGUGACCAUGGUCCCAGCUUCGAGCCUUUUUGCUCAGUCCAGAGAUUAUAUUUCCAAUUAUUCUGCACUUUAUUAAGUUAUAGAGAGCACUAUAAUGUUUUUGUUUUUUGUUUAACCUACAUAUUCCCUUGUGGGAUUCUGGCCAUUAAUACAUCCUAGAGUGGGGAUCAUAUCACUUUAAGGACAACUAUUGGGAGCCAUCAGUGGACUCCACCAAAUGGGAGUGUAGUUACGUAUAUCUACUUUAUCCAUUAUGUUAAACAUACUACACUAUAUUGGUGUCUACUUUUUUUUUUAUUUUUAUUUUAUUUUAAUAUAUACGCCUUCUGGAUUAUGCGCUUUUGGACAAAGAAAUACACUACACAUCCUUAGGGAUUAUACUGCCUGGGUGCAUAAAAGUAGAGCUGACUGAUGGCUCUACACACUGUAAGUGUACCUCUAUUAAUAUCUCCAAUCAAUUUAUACAUACUAAACUAUAUACCCUAUUUCUGUUACUUGUAUGCUGUACAUACUGACUCCAGGCACCUUUUACUUUUUCAAAUCACUGACGUGGUCAUGGUGCUUAGGAAUGGCAUAUACAUUAAAUUAUCCCAUGCAGUGUUGUACAUGCGUACACUAGCACUAAUGGUGGUGCCAGAGUAUGUGUAUGCAUACAUGAAAAAUGUAUGUAGGUGUUUAAAGGAACACUCUACUGCCCAAAACAAAAUAAAUAAAAAUCACUGUUUAGUAGAUAAACCCCAAAUGCAUUUACUUAUGCAUUUUUUUUCAUUGGUGUUAAAUCUAAAAAAAAAUGCUUCCAAAACCUGCAUUUCUCUUGUCUGUUGCCUUUGUAAGCUCUUCCGUUCUCCCCAGCCCAGACUUUCUGUGGCUGUCCCCUCACAGACUUCCCAAUGCAGCACAAUGAGAAGUAUUUUCAAGGCAGGUGCUCUGGGCAAUAACUGCCUCUUAAUUUUAGCUCUACUGGGAUACCCAAACCAGGAAGUAAUAGGGUCUGUUGUGUGCUUGAAAGUCAAGGGGGUGUAACCAUUUUAAUGUAUUAAAAUGUAAAUUUCUAUUGAAAUAUGCACUUUUUGCAAAAAAAAAAACAAACCAAAAAAAAAAAAAACUGUACGCUUCUUCAUACAUAGUUUUUCAGCAAGCUAAAGCACUUUAGGGGUCUGAAGUGUCCCUUUAAAUGCACCCAAGGUUUCACAGGGAAUAAAAAUCGCCAUCAAUACGCAAGUACAGUGUAUGUAAUUUUUAUUUGUACACUGCUUUAUUAACUUUAAUAGAUAAUAAUAAUAAUAAUAACUUAUUUAACCAGGAAAGGUACAUUCAAAUUACUCUGGUUUUCAUGUACGUCCUGUGGAUGGUGCCUUAGCCCAACAUCCAGAGGUUGUUACUAUGUGUUUACUAUUGUUGAAUAACAAAUAUGUCACUUUCAUACACAUAAGUGAUCGUUCGGCUGUAAAGUAGACUUGUAAGCUUGGCAGGAGGUUAAUUUGCAUACAAACUUAUACGAAGCAUGAACGCACCAACCAAAAGGCCAAAUUAAAAAAAAAAAAAAAAUUUAUACACAGAAUAUUAAGAUCUCAUUACGUUCUAAAUGCUGAAAAACAGAAGUUUUAGAAGUGUAUUCCAAAAUGUUUUCUGGCCCAUUAGAAAACCCUCUACAACUAUACAGUAUGCAUUUACAUUUUUAAGAUAGUAACUAACAUUUGCUUUGGCACAGAGAGCAGAUAGUUAAAAUACACAUUCCUCAUUUUAGCCUGGUGGAAUGCAGAAAUCCUGGACAAUCCCAGGUUUGGAUUUGCUGCUUGCAUCAUAUGCUUCCUCUGCAUGUGACCACCUCCAGGGUGAAAACUUCAUUCUUAAAGGGGUCAUUGCAGCUUAAAGGGACACCGUAGGCCCUGUAUCUGCUUCAUCUCAUUAAACUGGUUAUAGUGUCUGGAGUCCUCUGGUACCAUCAAUUCAAUCUUUAUUUAUCCGUUAUUUAUGUUUUAAUGCUAAACAAGAGUCCCAGGCAGUCCAUCCCCUCUGUGCUGCUUUGGCUAAUAAGGAAGUAUUAGCCUGAGCAGCAAUGGGCAGCUGUGAUUGGCUGAGAGUGUCAGCUGACUGCUUUUAGCCUGUCAGAGUUUCAACUGACGGUAUGAAGGGGUAUGACAACAAGGAAGUGUGUAAUCUCUACCUUAGCUACACAUACAGAAGGGGCUGGACUGAGGGUGGCCAGGGACUCUUAUUUUGUGGCAUACUGCACGAAUAUGGUGCAACACUGAAUGGAGGGACAGUGCCAGGACACUCCAGGCACUAUAACCAAUUCAAAGAGAUGAAAUGGUUAUAGUGACUACAGUGUCCCUUUAACCUACCAUAACUUGGUUAGAUGACUUGAUGGCAAUAUUGCUUUGAUUUAUUCAGAGAAACUAUUCAUGCUUAUCCCAAUGUAUUGUGAAAGCAUAUAUCUCUAUCUCUCAUGAAUUCUAUAAACCGGAAUAGAACAUUCAGAGAAAAUAAAUAGGCAAAGAGAUAAUGAGUAAUGAGUUCUAAAUUGAGAAUAACACCAAGCAAUGGCUCUGCACGGAAGCUCACACUACGCAUUGCACAACUACAUAUAGACCUCGAGCGCUACCACCGUGAGGAAUACACUUUACUGGAGCAAAGCUGAAAUACUGGACGCUUACAUGCACAAUAGGCUCAGUUUGCAGUAGCAACCCAAACGAAGAGCCUAAGGCUGUUACAUCUCUUGGCAGACAUUGCAGAACUUCUUGUCUAAUUAAUGAGGGGUUAUUUUCUGCUGAAUUCAGUACUCUGGUUAGGCACUCCUUGGCACUCCAACUUCUGUACUGUAAGUCUUAUUAUGUUCGGCUGGCAAAGAUAAUCAAAGUGGUUUUCUUUCCUUGGUUGCUUUGGAAAUAUCAUUUUUAUUUAUUUCCACGCGUAUACUUGCAAAUGUAGUUAUGUGUUGUUUUUUCUUAAUUAUCUGUGUAUAGCUGUUUGUGUGGCUCACAGAACUGAUUAAUGUAUUUACACGCUCCAUCCAUUCAUGUUCCGCUGGUUGUAUACAUUACAACACUCUGCUUGUACAGAUACAGCUGCUGUGUCAAGUGACAGCUGUCUCUGAAGUCAUGUUGCUUGUCCAUUUGUUUCCAUGCUGAAACUGAAUGUGUCCAAGCUGACUUUGUCUAUAUAUUUAUUUUUAAGCACUGGAUGAAACAUGUUUUCAAGUCCAAUGGAACUGACAAGGUAGUUCACUGAACACUGGAUUUUGUUAUGACAGACAAAAUACGGUCAAAAUGGACAAACUAUAAUGGCAAUUCUCAUAUUUGCUAAUGUCAAAUCUGGUCGGUUCAAAUGGACCAGAUGCAUUUAGUGUCCAGAUUAAAAUCUGUGCUUUCUCACCCGAACCCAAUACAAAGUAUUGAAUUCAAAAUAUACAUAAAACCCUGCAAUAGAAAAUGUUAUAGAUAUUCAGUACCAAAUGCAUCCACAAAGAUGCACGUUUGCAAUUUAUCGUUCAGUUGCUUAUGCAAGUGAAUGAUCAUGUUAUAUACUAUUAUCUGCUGGCAGUUUAUUUAGUAACUCCCACCGGCUGGCCACAGGUGGGGGAAGAGGUUGGCAAAGCAGUGUCAUACUUUCAUUCCAACCUAAUCACUCCCCUGUUUGUUGUUCUGUUUUUGUUUGUUUUACAUGUCCCUUCCCCGUGUAAUUUUUUUUAAAAAUCUUGUUACCUCCCCUUAUUCCAAGCUAAAUGCUAGAACAGUGGUUCCUAAACAUUUUAUAUGCAAGGCCCCCUAAUAUUUCAAUAUGUUUCCAAAGCACCCCAAGUCAAAACAAUAUUCUAGGUUGUAUAUAUGUACAGCGCUGCGGCAUAUAUUGGGCCCCUAACAAGGGGCAGUUUGUGCAUGAGUGGUACAGUGUGUGUGAGUAUGGGUUGCAGUGUGUGUGUGUAUGGGACCUAUUUUGUGGUGUGGGGUCUGUGGGGGUAGGAGGGCAAAUUAAUAAAUAUAUGCUUACCUUUGUCUGGGAGGGGGGACAUUUCCUGCCAUUCCUGGUGGGAAAACCCUGGUGGUAACAGUGAACUCUAGCAAGAUCUGGAGCAUUGCCGUGGUAACCGCGGCAACGCUCCGUGUUCCCGAGAGGAGAUCCCGGCGGAACUGCAGGUUAGAGCUCCCCCGGGUCUCUUCUCUUCCUUCUCCCUCUCCUCCCCCCCUGUUGUGAAUUACAUUUCCCAUGGUGCUCAAUGCGCGUCUUACUGGCACAAAAAAUGCAGUGCCAUAGGUUUGCCUUUACAGAUUCUAACACCUUAUUUGAUGUUUGUUUUUUCUGCAGGUAAUGGUGUCCCAGCGGAGCGUUCAGGAAAUGUCCAUGUAUCUGGACUGCCAGUCGGUAAGACCUUUUUAAUGUUUAGAUCUCAUGCAUGAAAUAAAUGUAAAAUAUUAUCAUGCACAAAAAAAGGCAAAAUCUGCAAAAGAGAUAUUUGGUUGGAAGGCGUAUUGCUGCUUGUCAUAAUAAUUUUAUUAGACUAAUACAGAAAUUUUCCUGGAAAGAUUGGAAUUGAUAUCUACCUAGUUCUGAGACGAUUUUUACAUUGACUAAAUUGCCCAAUUUCCUUCCUAUGCAAACCCUGUUUUGGCUGCCUGUCGGGAAUGUGUUUACAUUCAGCAUUUCCGAGACAUGCAACAUAGUUCUAAAUUAAGCAGAUAGUUCCUUCCAUGUAGCAAACUCGAGUCCAACAUUUGUUGUUGUUUGUUUUUUGUUUUUUUGCCCCUUGGCAUCGUAUCCUAAGACCAAGAUUUGUACAAACCUAGAUAAAGUGACAAAUACCUACUCUGAACCCACACACACACAGAUUUAUAAAUACAACCAGGUAUCUAUACCUAUGUACAGGCUAUAUAUACACCGACAUUGACAACCACAUGGAAAUAGAUACCGACUUAUAUAUACAACACGGCUACAGGCAUUUGAUGGCAGGUGGACAUUAAUUCAACCUCUGCUGCUGGCCAGACAUAAAUGCCCCUGACUUCUCAGGGGAAACGUAUGGCACGGUCUUAUUCUGAUCUAGAAUGAAAACUUUGGAACGCUUUGUUAAAGGGACACUAUAGUCACCAGAACAACUACAGCUUAUUAAAUUUUGUUCUGGUGAGUAGAAUCAUUACCUUCAGGCUUUUUGCUGUAAACACUCUCUUUUCAGAGAAAACAGCCUAGUGAUAACUCCAUUGGCCACUCUUAAGAUGUCUGUUAGAGUUCCUUCCUGUGUCAUUGCUGCCUAAAAUGCAUCCAAACAUUCAGUAUCUCCUCCCUCUGCAUGUAGUCACUGAACUUUCCUCAUAGAGAUUCAUUGAUUCAAUUAAUCUCUAUGAGGAGAUGCUGAUUGGCCAGGGCUGUGUUUGAAUCAUGCUGGCUCUGCCCCUGAUCUGCCUUCUUGUCAGUCUCAGCCAAUCCUAUGGGGAAGCAUUAUGAUUGGAUCAGGCUAACACUUCUGCUGAUGUCAGCAGGCUGCGGGCAGGUCUAAAGGAAACGGGGACAAAGUAAGUAGCUGCAGACUUGAAUACAAAUAAGAUUUUACUAUAAUUAGGGAGGCAUGAGGGGAGGGAGCUAGACGUUGGUUUUAACCCUAUAGGGUCAGGAAUACAAUGUGUUUCUGACCCUAUAGUGCUCCUUUAAGAUCACUGAUCAUACCUGUUUUGCCCUAGGACAGGGGUAGGUGACAUUCUAGUAGUACUGUGCCAAAACAAGAUCUUGUAGUUCCUUGGCGUGCUGGUCCUUUAUUUUUUUUUUAUUUUUUUUAUGAGGUGUCUGUUACCGUAUUCUGCUUGUGUUUUUGUAGGUGCUGCAGUUGCUUUGUAACAUAGUAUUUGUGCUGAUGUGAGCUGUUGUACUGUGUAUGUCCAUGAGUAGUUUGUAGUAUUGUAUAUGAUACUUUUAUGAAUGUAGACUCUGUAUGGGGGCUGCUUGUGGAAUCGUGUGUGCACAUGCGUGCGUUUGGUGGUUUGUGUAGCUGAGAGGCUGCUUGUGGGGUUAUGUUCGUGCAUGUGGGUUGUCAGUAGUAUUGUGUUUGUGCGGAAUCUGUGUGGGCUGUUUGUGUUAUUGGUAUGAUGGUGAGGAUUAUUCUGUAGCUCCUAGUAUAUCUUGCAGUGUGGGUGGCAUCUCUGGGGUCCAGUGUGAACCAGGCUGGCCAGGUACAGGUCAAGGGUAGGAGCUGCGAUAACUACUGUGGGCUGCUGUACUACAGUGCAAAUUCCAGUUCACAAGUACUCGGAGGAAGUGCAAGUGCUGCAAUGGGUAGAUUAAAUGACCACUAUAGGCACCCAGACCAAUUCAGCUCAAUGAAGUGGUCUGGGUGCCAGGACCCCCCUAGUUUUAACCCUGCAGCUGUAAACAUAGCAGUUUCAGAGAAACUGCUAUGUUUACAUUGAGGGUUAAUUCAGGCUCUGGUGGCUGUCUCCCUGACAGCUAUUAGAGGCUGCCUCCGCUAUUCUCGGUGUGAAAAUAACACUGAGAUGAUGCUGGACGUCCAUAGGAAAGCACUGAGUAAUGCUUUCCUAUGGGCGGUUUGAAUGCGCAUUCGGAGCUGACGUCAGCAGGAGGAUUUGGCGCUGGGUUCAGGUAAGUGGCUGAAGGAGUUUUAACACCUUCAGCCCAGCGGAAGGGGGCCCUGAGGAAGGGGAGUGGGGGGGACCUAAUAACCCUAUAGUUCCAGGAAAACAAGUUUGUUUUCCUGCCACCAUAAUGCUCCUUUAACCCCUUA